AUGGCUACGAAUAUUGGCAUGAUGGACUCUGCGUAUUUCGUCGGAAGAUCGGAUAUUUUGGCUUGGAUCAAUUCGACACUUCAUCUCAGUCUGUCAAAAGUUGAAGAGGCGUGUUCUGGUGCGGUUCAGUGCCAGCUGAUGGAUGCGGUUCAUCCUGGCAUGGUUCCAAUGCACAAGGUUAAUUUUGAUGCCAAGAACGAGUAUGAGAUGAUUCAGAACUACAAGGUCCUCCAGGACGUUUUUAAUAAACUCAAGAUCACCAAGCACAUUGAGGUAAAUAAGCUAGUGAAAGGAAGGCCCUUGGAUAAUCUGGAGUUCAUGCAAUGGAUGAAGCGAUACUGUGAUUCUGUCAACGGAGGGGGCCUACAUAAUUACAACCCUUUGGAAAGGAGAGAGGCUUGCAAAGGUGGAAAAGAUGCCAGCAAGAAAUCUGCACCAUUACAAUCAUCAGCCAAGUGUGCAGGAGCUCCCAUCAAAACUCAAGCCUCCCAUAAUGCCCGAAGGACUGAUGCACCUUCUGUAAACACUACUAAUCAAUCUUCUAAGGCCCCUAGACCUUCUUCAAGUGGAGGGCCUUCUGUUUGCCCUGAAGCAGUACGGACCACUUAUGAACAGCAGAUCACAGAGCUGAAGUUGUCAGUGGAUAGUCUUGAGAAGGAGAGGGAUUUUUAUUUUGCAAAGUUGCGGGAUAUCGAGAUCUUGUGCCAGUCUCGUGAGGUUGAAGACCUACUGGUCGUAGAAACAAUAAAGAGAAUACUAUAUGCUGUAGAUGAUGAUGCUUCAGUGGUGACUGAAGCUCAAGCUAUGAUAUCUCAGCACCAGCUUCAAGCAGAACCAUUGAGUUCAAUAGCUGAGGAGGAAGAAGACUUGCCAAGUACAGGUAAUCAGAAAAGGAAAAACAUUAUCAAUCUUGAGGUUGAUGUUGCUGCCAGCAUUACAUUAUCUCCAAGGCAAAGGAUUUCUGAUGCUUCUGAUGUCCAUUGCAAUGGAUCGCCCCUUAUGACUUAUUGAUCAUUUCCUUUUCUUGAAGAUGACUACUAUACUUCUUGUGGGGUAUAAGACAACCCCAUUUUACUGUCUUGCACAUUAAAUUUCCUUUAUAAUGUCGAAAUAUGGGGAAUGAGAUCCAAUAGUUGACAGAUCGCAAUGUUUUGGUCCUUUUGGAGUCCGUCCUGCUUCUGUUGUUUGUCUAGCAUGUAUGACAAUAAUGUCCCCUCUUUGCUUCAGGCCUAGUUGAAACUUUAUCCUAUAACUGAGGCAUUGCCUAUUUCAGAGCUGUGUUGUAUCAAUUGAUAAACACCAUUCAGAAUCUGUCGGAUCUGUAAGAAGUGGUAUUUGAACAUCAUCUCCUGGAUUUCUGGCUAAUCCAAUUAGCAAUAUAGCACUGAAUUUUACUACAGGAUUUGGUUGGGUUUUGUUAUUCUUGUUUCCUUUGGCCCUGCUGUUGUUGGUUCAUGCUAUACACUUGAAGGAUGAAAAUGCAGAGUGUUUGAAGCAUCAUGGUAUGUUUAAUUGGCAUGAAGGCAAUUGCACUCUGAGGUUUAUUGUGGAUAAUUUUACCUUUCAUUAUUGGGGUUUUUAUUUCUCUCUUUGUUAAUAUGGAUUUGAAAGUCCAUCAUAUAUAG